CAGAGUCAUAUAGUCACGACAUAUUAUGGUUAAACCUCUUGGUCCAUUAACGUAAUGUUACGACAAAAGAAAUAAAGCUUUGUGCUAGGAACUAUUUAGUAUCUCAUAAAAGAUGUUAUCCUAUCAUUCAGCGGUAUCUGGAUCUAAGUUUCAACUUUAACUCGAGGUUGGUAGGUAGGUUUAUAUGGCGGCAACAAGUAUGGGAGGUAGUUGUCUGCUCUUGCUGGGAGGUCUUAUCGUCUUGAGCCUUCUUUCCUCUACUGAGUCGAGCACAUUGGGAACAAGAUGUUACCACUGUCAAUUCCGUGUGUUAGUAUCGGACUCCUUCUUCCUGGACCCUAACUUCGGAAACCCAGCGUGCGCAUACCCCGGAAGUCGUGACUCCGAUGUGGAAGCAGAGGAAUGCCUGAGCGAUAGGUGCUUCGUCCGGUAUAGCCCUACCUCGGGAGUUAUAACACGUGGUUGCUUCGAGACGGAAGACGGCAUCAAAACCAGCAGCGACAAGGUUCAAGUUGAUAGACACGGCGAUAGGUGGCAGCUCUGCUCAUCUCCCGAUAAAGAUUCCACUUGCAAUGACCUCGACAUCGUGGCGUCUCUGAAUGGUCACCAUGGCAAUUGCCACGACCCGUCUUCCCACCCGACAGACGAGCCCUACAAGGCUGUCAACCCGCCAUAUUCAUCACCCGAGGAAGAGGUAGACUUGUACGCUGUCAUCGGGCUGAAUCGCCGUCACGCCAGCCGUAGAGUGAUAAUAAACCACAAACCAGUUCAACCAACGCAACCGGAUCCAAUCGCCUCGUAUCCAACUUUUGCCUCCUCUUCCUCUUCCCUUCAACCAGAUGAACUACAGCCUGUGGAACCACCACCCGUCAAGCUCUCCGCGGUACCAUUUGUCUCCCCUACCGAGCAACCUUCUGUUGACGAAGAGAAAGACUGGUACCAAAUGAUCGGACUUGACCGCGGUCAUGGUAAGCACAGGUCAAGUGUAGAAAAACACCCAAACCCACACCAGGACGUUAGCAGUGCGGAUCCGACACCACCCCCUAAGGAGCCAGUGACCCAGCCACAAAACACACACUCUGAGGAUCCGGAGGAACCGGAUUGGUACCUGAUGGUGGGAUUACACCGGGAUGUUGACGUGGCAAGACAGGCGGCUGCACGCCGGGGGUCCGCUUCGUACAUUGGGUCUCAUUAAACUCUCCUGGCCUACGUUAACUGUUGUUAAGCUUUACAGGGUGUGUGGCCGCGCCAUA